AUGCCGAUUGGAAAGAAGCAAGAGGAAAUGGACAAGUCCAACCGGAGAGGCGACAAACAUGACACGAGAUCGAUUGUUGCCGAGGCGGAUACUGAGAAUUAUCAAGAUCUGCCUCGUGCCGAAGCCAAUCCUACAAAUCCUCAUGUUCGAAGAGACAGUACUCGUGAUCUGUCAGGCGUGGGAACUUCAUUUCCAGAUAAGGGGUUGACCACGGAUCCCAUCGUGAAGAUCAAGUGA